UCGACAUUGACAACAACCAUCGAACGCAUCGACCUUUGACGGCGAGCUAUACACUCUUUAGAAUAAUACUCCUACACGCUCAUCCUACAUUUGAGCAACUUUAAACCCAUAAUGCCCCUCCACAACCCCGUAUGGGAGGUCGUCGAGCCAUACGCCGUCGCAACGCACCUAUACACCGUGGCCGACCCGACCUACGGCCGGUACCUCCUGCCGCACCACCCGCCUACGCAGGCACUGCUCGACAACCCAAAGGUGCACCACACGUUCCGGCGCGUCUUCCUCAAGCCCAACUCGGCCUUCAAGACGUGGGAGGAGGCGUACGAGACCACCGAGAUUGUCUACUCUGAGAAUGUCGAGCUCAAGGAGAAGGAAAUCAAGGAAGGUGUCAAGCGCGGCGGCCGCUGGAUCUUCUACUCGGUCUGGGAGAUGGACGAGCCGGAUGGAGGCUGGGAGGCAGGCGGCAAGGGCAAGGACCACGACCUGAUCCUCGUCCACGGGCUGAGCGACUACGGCCUGCGGUACGCCCCGCACGUGCUCCACUUCCUCAAGGCCGGCUUUAGGGUCAUCAUUCCCGACCUUCCUUCGUACGGUCGCUCGACAGGCAUCAACUCGUACAUCCCGUCCAUCCACCUCCUCCCGGCGGCCGUGCACACAGUGCUCAAGGAUGUCGUCGGCUGGGACCUCGCGCACGGUAGGACGCAGAAGCAGGUGUUCAUCAGCGGGGCGUCGAUGGGCGGUUGGACAUGCCUCGACUACAUCUACAAGUACCCUCCCUCGUCUGAUUCGGCCAAGAUCGUCAGCGCGGGCGACGACGCGAACGGCGGCCCAGAGGGUAACAAGCCUCCCCGCCCGCAUGUCGCUGGCGCGUUCGUGCUGUGCCCCAUGGUCGAGGCGUCAAAGGAGUCGACUCCGCCCAAGAUUGUCCAGCUCAUCGGCCAGACUGUCCGCGCCAUUGCCGGCGCCCUUCCCGUGGUGAAGGGCGUGCGAGGCAAUGUUAGUGAUGACCCGCGUGUCGAGGCCGACUUCUUUGCGGACCCACUGUGCUACCAUGGCCUAUUGCGCGUCGGCACUGGCCUCUCGCUGCUGGAUGGCAUGAUCGAGGUGCAAAAGGACGCCGAGGGGAUUGACGCGCCGAUCCGCCUCGUCCACGGUAACGCUGACCGCGCGACGUCGUACCACGGAACCGAGAAGUUGUUUGCGCGCCUGCCAAACAAGGACAAGCAGAUCACGAUUUACGACGGCUACGAGCACGUCAUGCUCAAGGUUGGGAUUGACGCUGCCGAUGAUGAGAAGCGGCAGCGUGUCCUUGCCGACUGGCGCUCGUGGCUCAUUGAGCGGUGCAAGUAGGCGCGUAGGCGCGUGUACGUGUUGCGUUAUAGAGUUUGUGCAUGCCAGUGGUGCCCAGAGGUGGUGCAUGGCAUAGAUGUAAACAAAGGAAUGC